GUUAUGACUAACAUAUAAUUGUGAGAUUUACGAAAAAUACAUUUUUAUAAUGCAUAAGAUGUUACUACUUAAAAUUUCGUGCUACAUUCUUUCACACAGUGCCUUAAAAUGAGACUCCGUGAUUUAUAGUAAUUACGAAGAAGAUAUAUUUACGUAUGCAGGUAUAACGACCGUGAAUGAAUUUAUGACAAGAAAAGUGAAUGCAAUAAAUAAGUACAUGUCAAAAUUAUGCCAUGUACGCUCCAGAUCACCUCAGACGGAAAGAAGUCAGAGAUGUUAUGUACCGCAGCAAUUCAAGUCUUGACUUGAUAUACACCGAGCAUCCAUCGGGGAACGGUUUACGGCGCGAAUAUGGGAGUCAUGGAUCUAUCGACGUAAUAGGUGGGACCAGUGAUAGACUACCAGCAAUGGUGCACAAUUACAGCAGCGUAUCUACUCCGGACAAACAACCGGGGUUAGGUCGAGCUGAUCGACUGGCCGAAGUCUUGGCCAGCGAUCAUGCCGAUGGACCGCCUCCCAGAUCCAGUGUCAGCCCUAAGCCCCGCCUUAAGCUGAAUAAACUAUGGGGUGGAGCUGCGCCCGUGCUGUCACGUCAACCUCUUGAUGACGGUGCCCUCCCAUCAACAGUCCCCGAGGAAGUCAAAAGAAAGCAAUUUGCCCACUAUGAUUGUCAGUCUUUGAUGGCUAAUUUAAGUUAUGCAGCAGAAAUACGUGGGGCAUUAUUGAGUAGACGUCGUAACACAACUACAGGGGCAUCAGCAGCAUCACUGUUAGCGACGCGUGGUCUACCUCCAGGCGAGGAUGCUGUACCGGAUACUGGAGAUGGACGGUCUAAUGAACUCUUAGAAAGUUGCCCCUUUUUUAGAAAUGAAUUAGGAGGUGAAGAAGAGCGCUGUAUAUCCCUGUGCUCACGAACUGCCCGUGGAGCGAUACCGGGACAAUAUGGAGGAUGGCAUCGGCCCCGUGCUGCUUAUGGCUUCUCAGUAUUAGAAUUUCCCCCCGGACAUACACAUUGGCGGCAAGGUUGUCCAUUUGCACGGUCUCUCGCACCACUGCCUGUAGAAAGUCAAGAUCUAGGAGCAUUAUAUUAUAGGAACUAUUUUUACACACAACCACAUCAGAAUUGGUUUGGAAUGGAGGAGAAUCUAGGUCCUGUAGCUAUAUCCAUCAAGAAAGAACGGGUUGAGUUACGUCGUGGCGGGGGAGAUGCAUUAGCUCCUGCUUCUCAGUUGGCCUGGCACUAUCGUGUCAUCGUACGAACAGCGGAGCUACUCACAAUACGAGGCUCUGUGCUAGAAGAUGCUUUACCUAUUGUCAAACCAAGCAAUAAUAGUGCCACCUACAAUACCAAAGAUGUCUUGGAAUACAUAGCUCCCGAAAUACAACUCAGCUGCUUAAGACUGGGCAUUACAAACAGUGGUGCUGAAGAGCAACUAUUACGUUUAGAUGAACAAUGUGUGACUAGACACUACAAAGUGGGUGUAAUGUAUUGCAAGAGCGGACAGUCCACCGAAGAAGAAAUGUAUAACAACCAAGAAGCAGGUCCUGCAUUUGUAGAAUUCCUACAAAUGUUAGGACAGACUGUGAGAUUAAAAGAUUUUGAUAAAUACAAGGCUGGAUUGGACAAUAGGACUGAUUCAACGGGCUUGUAUUCAGUGUACACUACGUACCAAGGUUGUGAAAUUAUGUUUCACGUGUCUACAAUGCUACCUUACACACCUAAUAAUAGACAACAAUUGUUGAGAAAAAGACACAUUGGCAAUGAUAUAGUAACAAUAGUCUUCCAAGAACCCGGAGCUGCACCAUUUACACCGAGAAAUAUACGAUCUCAGUUCCAACAUGUUUUUGUAGUUGUAAGAGUUAUAGAUCCGUGUACAGAAAAUACACAUUAUAGUAUAGCUGUGAGCCGAGCGAAAGAAGUGCCUUUAUUUGGACCCCCAAUCAAAGAUGGUGCUGUUUACCCCAAGGGUGAUGCUUUUACUGAAUUGUUACUGAGUAAGGUGAUAAAUGGUGAGAACGCAGCUAUACAGUCGCCCAAAUUUAGUACAAUGGCGACGCGCACACGUCAAGAGUACCUGAAAGAUUUAGCUAAGAAUUACGUUACUGCAACAACUGUUGAAACUGGACAAAAAUUCUCAAUAUUCUCAUCUCUGCUGAUGAAAAGUGGAAACAAUUCAAAUAGCAGUACAGUUAUUCCACGUCUUGAUAAUUGCACGAACGAUGUUUUAGUUAGAGGAGCAUUGUGCUUUCAUGUUCAAGUACAAGACGAAGGAGCUGGUGGCAAUUUGCUCGACUGCAUAAUGGGCGUGUCUGCUGACAGUAUAGUACUUAUAGAGGACAGUUCUCGUCAGAUUGUGUUGGUACUACCAACAAAUACACUGCUUGGUUGGGUGGUGAGCGGUGGUUGGAGCCGCGUGUACUACCACCGCGGCGAGAGCGUGCGCGUGCGCGGAGCACCCGAGGCGCUGCUGCGCCGGUUGGCCAGUGUGGCCCCGCCCCACGCCCACAACCUGCACGAGAUCACUCUUGAGCGCGGACAAGCAGCGCAACUAGGUUUCCACGUGCAGCCUGACGGUCUGGUGACGGCGGUGGAGGGUGGGGGGUGCGCGGCGAGGGCGGGGGUGAGGCGCGGCGCGCGUCUGCUGGAGGUGUGCCGCGCCGCUGUCGUAGCUCUGCACCACGACCAACUCGUUGACCUGCUCAAGACUUCAGACCCAGUCACGGUGACGGUUACGUUCGCGUCGAGCGCACGGUGCGGGUGUGAGAUGGGGGCGGAGGAGUGGGCGGCGCCGGGGCGUGCGGACGCGCAGCAGCAGCGCGCGCGCAGGCACGACCGCGCUGACAGGCACUCCCCGCCACGAUCUGACAGCUCCGGAUAUGGCACAGGUGGGUCAGGUCGCAGCUUGCGACAGCAGCGGUCGCCGCAGACGUCGCCGGUGUCGGAGAGUGCGCGCAGAGCGGAGCCGCGACAUGCUCGCCGGCCGCGCUCCUCCCCCGCAGCACCCACACCCACCACACCUGGCACCGCACCCACAUUGCAGAAUAAUUCACUCACUGAAGAGCUGAUGCGUUUAAUGGACGCUGAGCUGGGGGAGGGACAGAGUGAGGGGACGGGACGAGGUCCUCCACUUCCGCUGCCUGACGCCGCCGCCCUCGACUGGGCCACGCUCGUACACACCGCCACCAGAGCCAUGUUGCAGAUAUGCGAAGAACACCAGUAUCCGACAAUGGAUAAUUUAGAAUCACUCGACAAUCCUGCAAGUGAGCCCUUGCAGGACUCUUGGCCAGAACCACCGAUAUCAGAGACAUCGAUAUCAACAGUGAUGUCGAAUAGCCCGAGUGUGUCGAUCAAUGUGAGCGCAGUGGGCGGGGCUAGUGCUGUGGGUGGGGUUAAUGCAGUAGGCGGGGUUACGGGUGCAGUGACGAGCGCGGACAGUACUGCGUGCGGCUGCGGGCUCGCCGCCAGAGUUGCCACAUUAGAAGCGGACGCGGCAACUGCACAGCGCCAAAACAACCAGCUGGAGGAAGAGGUUCGACGUUUGAGACGACACAACGCUCGCCUAAGAGAGGAAUCCGCGAGAGCAGUUUGGCAACUGCGACACUUCACGCAGUGGCUCAAGAGAACCGUCGACAGACAAUAAUGUAAACAACCAUUGAAUUCUUACCAUUCUGCAGCAAUAAAACUAAUAUUAUUAUUGAAGGGUCACUUCGACCCUUUGCCGUUGAAAAUAGGGGUCUCUACUCUCUACCAACCCAUCGCCACUCAAUAAAUCGGCAAACAACUAUUUCAGAUACAACUCUGGCCUAACUAUAGUAGGUAAAAAAUUAGUAAAACUAUGUGCUUUUAAAUAACUAUAUUGUCAAUUUAUCCACUCAAAUAAUGGUAGUGAUCGAAAUUUUAUGAAAUAAGUGUUUAGAAUAAUUUUUAAUGUCACAAGUACUGGCCUAAGAAACGAUAUCGCAAUAUAAUCUGUCGUAGGAUGCUUUCAACGAUUACGUAAACGUUUUUUUUUAAUUGUAUUAAUUAUUAAAA